GCCCCUGGAGGAUAUCGUGUCAACUAAAGUGCGUGAACGGCGAGCAGGCAAGUUUCUGCGAAUGAAUCGCUGAUUAAUUACGGGCAAAAAAACGCGUGUGUUUUGAGGGCUAAAAUUUGACCCUGCUCCUCGUGGUUGUGUGCCCGCGGUCGGGAUGAUUCCGUGCUGAGGAAAACGCGCGCCGUCGCAGCGAGCAGCCAAGCCGAGCAGCGCGCCCGAAGAGGAGGCAUUAUGGGCCAAACGCUUUCCGAGCCGGUAACGGCAAAAGAGACGUCGAGUUGUAUGAACGACCAAGUGAAAGUGGGCGCAUCGUGUAUGCAAGGAUGGCGUAUAAACAUGGAAGACGCCCACACUCAUCUUCUGAGCCUCACCGAGGAUAAAGAUGCUGCAUUUUUCGCUGUUUACGAUGGUCACGGGGGUGCCAAAGUGGCUCAGUAUGCUGGAAGUCACGUGCACCGCAAGAUUGUCUCUCAGCCAUCAUAUCAAAGAGGAGAUGUAGUUGAUGCCAUAAAAAGGGGUUUUCUGGAGGUUGACUCGGACAUGCUUAAAGAUGAGGCUAUGAAGGAUGAACUUGCAGGCACCACAGCUGUUGUGGUGCUCCUGAAAGGUGGUCGCAUCUACUGUGGCAAUGUGGGCGACUCGCGGGCCAUUGCUUCGGUUGGCGGGCAUGUACAGCAGCUCUCCUUUGACCACAAACCAAGCAACGAAUUGGAGACACGCCGCAUCAUCGCAGCUGGUGGAUGGGUCGAAUUCAAUCGAGUCAACGGCAACUUGGCAUUGUCAAGAGCCCUUGGGGAUUUUGUCUUCAAAAAGAAUGAAAAAAAGUCUCCAGAAGAGCAAAUAGUCACUGCAUACCCGGAUGUGGUUGUGAAGGACCUCACCCCUGACCAUGAGUUCGUGCUGCUGGCUUGUGACGGGAUCUGGGAUGUACUUUCCAAUGAAGAAGUGGUCGAAUUUGUUCGAGCCCGGAUAGCGGCAAAAAUGGAACCAGAGCAGAUUUGCGAAGAGCUGAUGACUCGCUGCCUGGCGCCUGACUGCCAGAUGGGGGGCCUUGGUUGCGACAACAUGACCGUCGUGCUCGUCUGUCUGCUGAAUGGAGCACCUUACGAGGAGCUAGCACGUCGUUGUGCUCGGCCCCCACUGCCUUGUCCUCCCUCACCGCCUGCGAGCCCUCGGGAAGGUUACCACUUUGACCACGAGGUGGCUGCAUCAGUGGCUAGUGAGCUGCAGAUGGACACACACAGGCAGGGAGACACGGCUGAGGAGAACAAGCAGCCACAAGAGCAGACGCCCGAGGAGCAGACGACGCCCACAUCGCCGACGCCACCUGCUGCUCCGCCGUCAUCUCUUAGGGAGAGUGGCGGCGAGAUGGCGGUGGCGUGAUGUGUAGUGGCGCCCGCAGUGGAACACUUAGGAAAGCUGUCCUCGCACUUCUCUUUCCGAUACCUUUUUUUUUUUCCUCUCUUCUUUUUUUUUUUUUUUUUCUUCCCAAUUCUCGGGCUUGUGGCAAAGAAGGGGCAAGAUUUGUGCUGUGCAUACAAAUCUAGACUGUGAAUGAGAUAGCGGAACAGUGAAUGGCACUGGUUGUGUACAGAGUUGUGGGUCUCACUCCUGGCAUGCUAUGAUUGGUGGCCGCUGGUGGCUUGCUGUCAUGUAGCUGCACAAUGGGAACACUGCUGUCAUGAUCACUUUCACUACAGCAGUUUCUCUUGGAAAAGUUAGCAGAUUCAGUUCAGCACCAUUGCACAGCAUUGACCCCUCUUUGUCAGAGCCAUUAACCUUUUUCUUUUCCGUCUUUAUUUUUUGUGCAGAGUAAGGGCUUGAGGACAUUACUGCAGGCUUAGCAAUCUGUGCAAUGCAAGUUUGUCACAUUCAUGUUGCAUUCAUGCCUUUUUUUUUUUUUUAAAGUCAUCACUGGCAAGCCGUAGCAGCCAAAAAUGAAAUUGACGAUCGACCCCUCUGUACAUUCACUCAUUCCGGUGUUUUAAACGAACACCACUGAGUGAGCCGUUGUUUCUCUGUGCUUAGAGUGUAUGCAGCUGUCCGCACAUGGGAUAGUUCUGCGUCUGAUGCCUGGGCAUAAAGUCUUAGCAGCACAAAUUUGUCACGAAAAACAGAGCUGGGGCAAAGAUGCUGCGUUACAUGCACAGUGUUUGGAAUUGACAGUGCAUUUUGUUUUGUUUUGCGCAUCACUCACUAGGGCCCUGUAGGCGCGACAUUUUGUGCACCACCGCGAAAAGUGUCGUAAAAGUGCACGUUUGUCCCCAGCCGCUUUGGAAUCCGGUGCCCUUUGUGUGAGAAGCUCAGGAGCACGAGAGAGGCAGAAGUGCGAUUAAAUUUCGGCCUUGAGCUGCUGCUUGGUGCCAGCAAAUUUCCAUUGUUGUUUGUUAUUGUUGUUCAGUAGCAGGCACUGUGUGUUGAGAGAACCGACUCCGAUAGGCUUGAACAUUUAUUUUUGCCAUCGUGUUUCUUGUGUAAUGUAGAUAAAAAAAAAAUACAUCAGCUCUGUCCGAGCAUGCCUGUUAUUCUGUUACCUGGAUGCAGAAGAAAAGUAUACAUACCUGUAUAUAAGCACAUGUUUUAUAUGAGCGAGCAACAGUGUUACUCAAACGCAGUCAACUGUAAAUAUUCCGAGAUUCCCCGAAUCGGUUAUUCAACAUUUUUUACUCUUUUGUUUGUAUUCUCCUGUGUGAUCAGCAAGUGAUCACACGGCCUUGUUUUUACAUUGAAAAAGAAAAAAAAAUUGAGGGGGGCAAAAUUAUACACUGGUAUGUGUUUCGGGUGACUCAGUACCUCUGUUCAAAAGUGAUUGUAGUUUAUAUUAUAGCGGCCCCCUCCAUUCUUUAUUAUUAUUUUUCUCUGAAGUCAGAUGUUACUUGCAAUGCCUAGACAGUCAGUGGGGGUGUUGUCUUUUCUACAAGGUGCUUACAUUUUAUUUACUGAAACAAAACCUCUCACUUGCUUUGUGCAGUUUGUCUUUUAUGAGUCUUAUUGAAUAGGCAUACUAAUAAAAAGCGUGACUGAA